CCUUGAGGUUUCUCCGUUCCGGCCCUAUGGACCCUGCCUUCCAGGGACUCGCAUGCAGGGCUUCUGGCAUGUUUUGGGUCUGCUUCUCCCGGCCCAGGUUCCCCAGCUUUGCAGAGAUACUGUGUCGGAUCGAGGGUCAGGUUGGAAUUACCUUGGAGGAAGGGAAAAGGGUGACCAGCGCCAUGUCCAGCCAGGUGGUGGGCAUUGAGCCUCUCUACAUCAAGGCAGAGCCAGCCAGCCCCGACAGUCCAAAGGGUUCCUCGGAGACCGAGACUGAGCCCCCUGUGGCCCUGGCUCCUGGUCCAGCUCCUACCCGCUGCCUCCCAGGCCACAAGGAAGAGGAGGAUGGGGAGGGGGCUGGGCCUGGCGAGCAGGGAAGUGGGAAGCUGGUGCUCAGCUCCCUGCCCAAACGCCUCUGCCUGGUUUGUGGAGAUGUGGCCUCCGGCUACCACUAUGGUGUGGCGUCCUGUGAGGCCUGCAAAGCCUUCUUCAAGAGGACCAUCCAGGGGAGCAUCGAAUACAGCUGUCCGGCCUCCAAUGAGUGCGAGAUCACCAAGCGGAGACGCAAAGCCUGCCAGGCCUGUCGCUUCACCAAGUGCCUGCGGGUGGGCAUGCUCAAGGAGGGGGUGCGCCUGGAUCGUGUCCGGGGUGGGCGACAGAAGUAUAAACGGCGACCAGAGGUGGACCCACUGCCCUUCCCAGGCCCUUUCCCUGCCGGCCCCCUGGCAGUAGCUGGAGGUCCCCGGAAGACAGCCCCUGUGAAUGCACUGGUAUCUCACCUGCUGGUGGUUGAGCCUGAGAAGCUGUAUGCCAUGCCUGACCCGGCAGGCCCUGACGGACACCUCCCAGCCGUGGCUACCCUCUGUGACCUCUUUGACCGAGAGAUUGUGGUCACCAUCAGCUGGGCCAAGAGCAUCCCAGGCUUCUCCUCGCUGUCACUGUCUGACCAGAUGUCAGUACUGCAGAGCGUAUGGAUGGAGGUACUGGUGCUGGGUGUGGCCCAGCGCUCACUGCCACUGCAGGAUGAGCUGGCCUUCGCGGAGGACCUGGUCCUGGAUGAAGAAGGGGCACGGGCAGCUGGUCUGGGGGAACUGGGGGCUGCCUUGCUGCAGCUGGUGCGGCGACUGCAGGCCUUGCGGCUGGAGCACUCUGUGCACAUUGAAGAUGCUGAGGCUGUAGAGCAGCUGCGAGAAGCCCUGCACGAGGCCCUGCUGGAGUACGAAGCUGGCCGGGCUGGCCCUGGAGGAGGUGCUGAACGGCGGCGGGCAGGGAUGCUGUUGCUCACCCUACCACUCCUUCGCCAGACAGCGGGCAAAGUGCUGGCCCAUUUCUAUGGGGUGAAGCUGGAGGGCAAGGUGCCCAUGCACAAGCUAUUCUUGGAGAUGCUUGAGGCCAUGAUGGACUGAGGCAAGGGGUGGGGUGGGUGGGGGUGCUGGCAGGAUCUGCCCAGCAUGGGGUUAGCCCCAAGGGGGCAGAGCUGGGGUCUGGGCAGUGCCACAACCUGCUGGCAGGGCCAGGGCAAUGCCAUCAGCCCCUGGGAGCAGGCCCCAUGCCCUCUCCUCCCCCGACCCAGGGGGUAUCAGAAGCUGGGGAAAGUGUGAGCCCAGGCUCUGGGCAGUGCUGCCCCUUGCAAGCCAUAAUGUGCCCCCAGAGUGUAGGGGGCCUUGCGGAAGCCAUAGGGGGCUGCAGGGGAUGUGUGGGAGGCAGAAGCCUGAUCUCAGGGAGGGAAGGGGAUGGAGGCCAUAGUCUCCCAGUGGGUGAUGCUUUUGCUGCUGCUUAAUCCGAUCCCCUCUCAAGAGUAGAGGAGGACUUGGAGAGCAAAGGCCCCUGCCCCCUUCGCUCCUCUCCUCAUCGUUUGCAUUGGGCAUUAAUGCCCCCCCUUGAAGCAAUAACUCCAAGCAGGCUCCAGCCCCUGGACCCCUGGGGUGGCCAGGGCCCCCUAGCUCCCACCCAGCCUCCUCAGGGGGGAGGGAGAGCACUGCCUCUAUGCCCUGCAGAGCAAUAACACUAUAUUUAUUUUUGGGUUUGGCCAGGGAGGCGCAGGGACAUGGGGCAAGCCAGGGCCCAGAGCCCUUGGCUGUACAGAGACUCUAUUUUAAUGUAUAUUUGCUGCAAAGAGAAACCGCUUUUGGUUUUGAACCUUUAAUGAGAAAAAAAAUAUAUACUAUCGAG